AUCCAUAUAGAUUCUAAGUAGUUCUUACUAUCGCGAUCUUUAGGUACUAAAUAAUGAUUCGUAUGUCAACAAUCACUCUAUUAAAUUACAUGCGCAUGCGACCUAAGAGGAACGCUGGUCGAAGAAAGCCAUUCACUUCACGACUAGCAAAUGCUCUAUGUGAGUCGCGUUUCGUUAUUCGAUGCAGCAACUACGUUUUGCAACAUAGUUUUAAAUUUAAUUCAUCAAAUGUAAAAAGAUCUCGCGCAGUGCAUGCUAAUAUGUGUAUUUGUGGUGGAAAGACAAAAUUUAAAAACAGUUCACAUUUUUUCGCCCUCGUAUUAAUAUUAAAGUGCAUUAGUGACAAAGUGAUUAAUAAUCUUUAAGCACUAGUUUAUUAUUAAUAGAUAAAGUUGUUGUUAUCCAAAUCCCGAAGCUUCAAAGAAGAUUUGGGAUUGUGAGUUUUGGUUUUAUAGGUUUCGAUACUUGGACUUUGUAGUUUCAGAGCCUCUAGUCAUCAUGUUACUGAAAAAUCCUUUUGGGACGUGCAAAAACGGAAGUUGAAGGGGAAGACUUGUACUAUAAAAUACCAUGAACAGUAAUAAGCAAAAAAAUUUCCUCUACGUGUGACAUGAGCUCAAAUAUGCCUCAAAAUGGCAUUUUUUUGCACAUUUAAGUUAGAAUAUCUCAAAAUCCUGACGUGCCAGAGAAUAAAGGACAACGGAUUCGUGUUCAGCACACAAAACCUCGGGGAUUAUCUAGUUUAAUCUUUGGAAAUUUCAUGGAUGGCUUAAGAACAAACAAAAGGAAGACAAAAUGGAGAUUAUUCCACGCCACAGAUUUUCAAUCCUUAAUAUAUCCCAACCUCACUUUAAGCAAAAUUCUUGGAAUAUUUCCGUACAGAAUUAAGGCUUCGUCUUUUAAACUUUCUAAACCGCGUUACAUUCUAUGGACAAUUAUUUUCUGUGUGAUCUGUGUUUAUGAGCUGACAGAAUUGUAUAAACUUAAUUUUUCUGGAAGAAACAAGAGCAACACGACCGAUACUAUUUCGCUUAAUUUCUCACUUCUGUAUGGAAUGUUCAUAACGGCCAUCUCAUAUAUCUUCAGUCGUCCACGAAUGCAUUUAUUCCAGACUAUAUCAAAUAUUUCAUCGAAUCUGUCCCAACAGUCGUAUCACAAACUGUCCAAAUUAAUACACGUUAAGGACAUCUUUGGUUUUUUCUAUGUGUUCUGGCGAGGGUCACUGUUUGUCACGAAAUCUGGCACAAUUAUCGAUAUUUUUCUCCAAAUACCGCGAGUAUACAUCACCUUAUUAGCGUUUCAGAUGGACAUGUUAUACGUAAAUUGUGUUUGUGUCUUAAAAGCCUGUUUCAAGGAAGUCAAUAACAAUUUGGAAAAUCUGCAGGAGCUUAUGUUGAAUAAUACUCCCAGAUGGAUCUAUCACAAACAAAGAUAUCUAUUUUCGAUAAAACUCAAAACUCUGCAAAAACAACAUCUGAUGAUCAGCAGCACAGUGCAGAUGUUGAACUACAAUGGCAAGAUAGAAUAUCCUUCAAACUGAAUUCAAUUUAUAAUAUGUAUUUUAUGGUAUACGUAUUGUAUUACUUUAUAAGAAUAGCGUUGAUAGUAUGGGUUUGUGAAACCAGCAAAAAUCAAGCGGAAAAAAUCAGGACUACCAUUCACGAUGUGCUUAACAGUACCAACAAUGUGCAAGUCAAAGAUGAGUUGCGGCUAUUUUCCUUGCAAAUAUUGCAUUGUAAAAAUACAUUCUCCGCGAAAGGUUUCACUGUGGAUGCGACGUUGCUCACUGGGAUAAUGAGUGGCAUUACUACGUACAUAUUAAUCUUAAUACAAUUCUUGGGUAUUUCUCAUUUUUGCGACGAAAAGACUGCAAUUAAUAUUACAGAAGCAAUUUAACUAAAAGCAGUUAUAGAAUUGA